AUGGUCAGCAAUGCAAAAGCGUUUCCUGUCACAGCAAACCUUACUGUCCGCACAGCACCUUCUUUGAGUGCUAAAAAAGUUCGUACUGUUCCUAUUGGUUCACAUGUUGAUAUAGUUUGUCAAACCACUGGUGACACUGUUCAGGGCAUCAACAUCUGGGAUAAGUUGAUUGAUGGAAACUUU